AGAGUCAGGUCUAUCCAGGCUGCUAGCUAAGAUGGAGGAUUGGAGUGAUCGAAGAAUGGACAUGUAUUGAAGAUUGUAGAUAGAGGUUUUCGUGUGUGUUUUCUGUACAUAUGGAGGAGUUUUUAGAAACUGAUCAUGCCUAGAAAGGGGAAUGGACAGCUGCCGUUACCGGAUGGCUGGGAAGAAGCGAGGGAUUAUGAUGGUAAAGUGUUUUAUAUUGACCACAACACCAAGCAAACCAGCUGGAUCGACCCCAGAGACAGGUUAACAAAACCCUUGUCGUUUGCGGACUGCGUGGGAGAUGAACUCCCGUGGGGAUGGGAGGCUGCUUACGAUCCUCAAAUUGGCAUCUACUACAUGGACCACACUAACAAGACGACCCAGCUGGAGGAUCCCCGGAAGCAGUGGCGGCAGGAGCAGGAGCGGAUGUUGAAGGACUACUUGACAGUGGCGCAAGAUGCCCUCAGCACUCAGAAGGAGCUCUACCAAGUGAAGGAGCAGAGGCUGGCGCUGGCCCUAGACGAGUAUGUGCGGUUGAACGAUGCCUUCAAAGAAAAAUCCAGCUCCCGGACAAGUUUAUUCUCAGGAUCUUCUUCAAGUACAAAGUAUGACCCUGACAUUCUAAAAGCAGAAAUAUCAACUACAAAAGUCAGAGUAAGUAAGCUGAAGAGAGAACUUACACAAAUGAAACAAGAACUUCUGUACAAAGAACAAGGCUAUGAAACCUUACAACAAAUUGACCAAAAAAUCUGUGGAGGCCAGUGUGGGUACGAGUUGAAGGAAGCGAAAGCCAUUCUGAGUGAGCUCAAAUCCAUCCGGAAAGCUAUCAGCUCUGGAGAGAAAGAGAAGCAGGAUCUGAUGCAGAGCCUGGUGAAGUUAAAGGAGCAAUUCUAUUCAGACCAGUUCAUCGACCCUGAUCUACGGUCCACCGUGGCAGGGUCCCACUUCUCCCUGUCCAGGCAAAGGCUUGAUGCUGGCUCUCAGACUGACAUCUCUGGAGAGCUUGGCUUGAGAAGCAGGUGGAACCUCGCGGAAAAGGUCCGGCUAAGUCUGCAGUAUGAAGAAGCCAAACGAAGCAUGGCUAAUCUGAAGAUUGAGCUGGCGAAGAUGGAGAGUGAGGCGUGGCCGGGCGCCCUGGACGUGGAGAAGGAGAAACUGAUGCUGAUUAAUGAGAAGGAGGAGCUCCUGAAGGAGCUGCAGUUUGUGACGCCCCGUCGACGCACGCAGGACGAGCGCGAACACCUGGAGACUGAGCGCCGAAAACUAGAAGAGGACUUGCUGUCUGUCAAGAGCACACCCAGCCAGGCACUAGCUGAGAGACUGAAAUUACAAGACAAGAGAAGGGAGUUGAUGCAGAAGUUGGAAGAGUCCACAAGACUUGCAACACUCUUACAUUCACAGCUUAAAAGCCUCUCUGCUAGCACGUUGUCUGUGUCUUCAGGAAGCAGCCUGGGCUCGCUGGCGUCCAGCCGAGGUUCCCUCAACACCUCCAGCAGGGGCUCUCUCAACUCCCUCAGUUCCACUGAUCUCUACUACAACCAGGCAGAUCAGACCAUGGACCUGGACUACCAGUACAAACUGGACCUAAUGCUGCAAGAAAAGACUGGUUACAUUCCCUCGGGACCCAUCACCACCAUUCAUGAGAAUGAGGUGGUCAAGUCCCAUGGGAACAUGCGCUUCACAGACUCUUCUGAAUCCCCUGCUCUGUGCCACACAGUAAAGUCGACAGAGCCUUUCAAAUCGAUGACGUCACUUUCCUCCAGAUCCUCGUUGUCCUCACUUUCCCCUCCCGGUUCACCCCUGGUCUUGGACGGAACCUUUUUACAGUCGAUACAAGACACUGUUACCACAGACUUUGAGGAUUGUGAAAUUGCAGGAGACUUUGCAGGCUUAAGCUUUUAUGAGAACCACAUUUUAUUAGACUCCGGAACAGGAGCCGGACAGUUUCUUCCUGGAGACAAGGAGCACAGGGAAGGACGUCCCCUCUCCACAUUACGGGAAGGUUCUGAUUUGCAAAGAAGAGGCGCAGGUCAUUUACUUGAAGGGAAGACAGCGUGUGUGUCUGCAGCGGUAUCUGACGAGUCGGUUGCUGGAGACAGUGGCGUGUAUGAAGCGUCUGUCAAACAGUCAGUUGAAGUGGAAGACAUGGUUUAUAUUGAAGAUGAUCUCACAUCUUUAGAGGCAGCUCAAAUUCAGAUCGGACUCAAAUAUGAUGCUACUAAUUUCAGUUUUGUAAUAAUCAUAAUGCAGAUGCGAAAUCAGUCCACUCUUCUGGUGCCACAUGGUACAAAAAUGUAUUUUAGAGUUGCCUUGCUUCCCUCUUCAAAUGACACCAGCUGCUUGUUUCGCACUAAAGUCCUCACUAUGGCAGACACCAUUGUCUUCAAUGAAAUCUUCAGGGCCGCGGUAUCCCAGAUCAUUCUGCAGCAGAAGACCCUGAGACUAGAUGUCUGUACCUUGGGCAACACCUGCCAGGAGGAAUGUCUGGCUGGAACGCAGAUAAGCUUAGCAGACCUUUUGUUGUCUGGCGAAAUCUCAAACCACUGGUACAACUUGUUGCCUUGUAAGAAUAUCUCAAGCCAAAAGAACAAAGAAAAAAAUGAAGAAAAGGCUCUGGCACUGCCUGAUCAGCACUUGGGUGUUGUGGAUUUAGAUGCUGUGUCUGCAUUGCUGGAAAGGACCUCUGCUGAGCUGGAGGCGGUAGAGCAGGAACUUGCACAAGAAGAGAGAGAUGGGCAGAUGGAGGGAGGAGAGGAAUGGAUGGAGGUGCUUAUCGAGGACACAGGUGACUUGGCCCUGGAAGAGGAGGCUGGCGAGGAGGAGGAAGCUGAAGCUAAGAUGAUGGCAGAAGAUGAUUUUGCUGCCUGUGCCCAAUCAUACCCCAAUGGAAAUUGCAUUUUGACAGCUGAAGGACCAACCUUGGUGGACAAAGAAACCAACACUGAGGGGACAGUUCCUGAGAAUGUGGCAGUCAGGCCAAAGGACAGAAACAACCGCAACUCCAGGCAGAGGUCAUUUGUGAGGAACAGCAUGAUUGUUCGCUCUCAAACCUUUUCCCCAGGAGAGCACAACCAGUAUAUCUGCAGGUUGAACAGAAGUGACAGCGACAGUUCAACGCUAGCCAAAAAGUCUCCUUUUGUACGAAACGCUUCAGAAAGACAGAGUCUGAGAGUGAAACGAACUAUUUGUAAGCCAGUGAUGAGACGGGCGGCUCGAGAGCACCCUGUCCGAACGUCUCUGGACUUGGAGCUGGAUCUCCAGGCAUCACGGACCUGGCAGAGUCGCCUGGACAACGAACUGCAGGCACUGCGGAGCCUGAGGAAGAGGCUGGAUGAAAUGAAGGCCCGGGGAGAGAUGGAGCUCCCUCGCUGCAUCCUGGAGGACGAGCGCUUCCAGAAACUCUUCAAGCAGGCAGAGAAACAGGCUGAGCAGUCUAAAGAAGAGCAAAAGCAGGGGUUGAAAGCUGAAAAGCUGCUGAGGAAGGCGUCUAAGGAUGUGUACAGGUUACGGGAGCAGAGUCAGAAAGUUCCCCUGCAGGUUCAGUCAUUCAGGGAGAAGAUGGCCUAUUUCACCAGAGCAAAGAUCAAUAUACCAUCUUUGCCAGCAGAUGAUGUAUAAUUAUAAUUUUAUAGAAAACGAUGAAGUAUUUUAUUUUUUUUUUUCUAGUUCAGUGUGUAUUUUGAGUAUAGCUAAUUGGAUUUAGAAAAAAAAAAAAAAAAAAAAAAAAUCUUUAUUUUACAACUGCGGUUUUACAGCAUAGAAAUAAUGUAUUUGUAUAAUAAAUUGUAAUUGAAUACAUUUUAUGUAAAGGUUUCUUCAGAGAAUAGAAUAGUCCUGGUACAUUUUAAAGCUAAUGUGUUUGUACAGUUUGUAUGUAGUCUUGGCAUGAUUUUAUUUUGUACAGAUGAGACAUGGGAACCAUGGCAGUAUGGCUUUUGUUGAACAGCGCUGCUUUGAGAAAUAAUAUUCUGUUCGACAGAAUAUAUUUUGUGAUUAUCACUGUUUUCAUGUGAGUUGACUGUGACGACUGGCUAUGGCCAUGCAGUGUUUGUGUAUGUUGAUGAAAGUGUCAGUGUGAAAUAUAGAGUGAGUGUGUUCUUCCUAUUCUGAACUUGCAAAACUGGUGCUGUGUAGU